AUGGCCGCCGGAGUUGAAUUAUCGGAGGGGAAAAUCGGAAUUGUGAUGGAAUUUCCGGUCGGUGAUGAUGAAUCUCUCUCAUCACCGGUGAGAUUACCGAAGAGGCUCCGGCGAAGGCUUCUUGAUACGGAGUGUAAGUCACCGAGUUCCGUGGAGGAAAUCGAAGCCAAGCUUCGUGAUGCUGAAAUUCGUAGACAGAAGUACUAUGAGAAACUCUCAAGCAAGGCACGUGCAAAGCCAAGAAGCCCGUCAAGGUGUUCAUCUCAGGAUGAGGAUCUUGGUCAGCGACUAGAAGCAAAAUUGCAAGCAGCUGAACAGAAGAGGUUGAGCCUUUUGACAAAGGCCCAAAUGCGCUUAGCGAGGCAAGAUCAACUGCGUCAAGCAGCGAAAAAUGGAGUUGAAAUGCGCCAUGCAAAUGAACGUGUAAAGCUUGGGACGAAAGUGGAAUCGCGUGUUCAGCAGGCAGAGGCUAAUAGGAUGCUUAUCCUUAAGGCUCACAGGCAAAGAAGGGCGUCUCUUAGAGAAAGGUCAUCUCAGUCAUUGAUGAGGAGAAUGACUCGAGAGAGCAAAUAUAAGGAGCGUGUGCGUGCUGCAAUUUACCAAAAACGAGCUGCUGCUGAAACAAAACGACUCCGGUUGCUUGAAACUGAGAAGAAGCGGGCACACGCACAAUUCUUGCAGGCAAGACAUGUGGCAAAGUCUGUAUCGCACCAGCGUGAGAUUGAGAGAAGGAAAAAGAAGGAUGAGUUGGAAGAUCGGUUACAAAGGGCAAAAAGCCAAAGAGCCGAAUAUCUCAGGCACAGGGGAAGAUUGCGUGGUUAUACGUACGAGAAUUGGAUUAGAAUGUCACCACAGGCAGAAUAUCUUUCCAGAAAACUGGCAAGGUGCUGGAGGCGGUUCUUGAGGCAGAAUAGAACUACCUUUACCUUGACGAAGGCAUAUGCCGUGCUGGGGAUCAACGAGAAAUCUGUCAAGUCAUUGCCAUUUGAGCAGUUUGCUGCUCUUAUUGAAUCAGCUUCUACUCUUCAGACUGUGAAAACUUUAAUUGACCGGUUUGAGAGCCGUCUCAGAGUGCUUACAACUGUUGUGCCUGCCAGUUAUUUUUCUAGCUUGGAUAACAUCGAUCACCUUCUUAAGCGGGUUGUUUCCCCCAAGAAAAGGGCUACUCCUAGGAGUACUGCGAGAAGCCCGGCAAAAAAAGCAGAUUCAGUCAAGAACUCAAACAAUAGCUUAUCUAUGUUAUCAAGGUAUCAAGUGAGAGUUGUUCUUUGUGCUUAUAUGAUACUGGGUCAUCCAGAUGCAGUUUUCAGUACAAUGGGAGAACGUGAGAUUGCUUUAGCCAAGUCUGCUCAUGAAUUUGUCAAAAUGUUUGAUCUGUUGAUAAAAAUUAUAUUAGAGGGGCCAAUAAAAAGUUCUGAUGAAGAAUCGGUCUCAGCUGUUAAGAAGCGAUGUACUUUCAGAUCGCAGCUUGCUGCUUUUGAUAAAGCAUGGUGCUCGUAUUUGAAUUGUUUUGUGGUCUGGAAAGUUAAAGAUGCUCGUUCUUUGGAGGAGGAUUUGGUUAGAGCUGCUUGCCAGCUUGAGGCUUCUAUGAUUCAAACUUGCAAGUUAACUCCAGAAGGAGUUGGUAUCAGUCAUGAUAUGAAAGCUAUUCAGCACCAGGUCACUGAAGAUCAAAAACUUUUGAGAGAAAAGGUGAUGCACCUGAGUGGAGAUGCUGGGAUUCAGCGCAUGGAAAGUGCACUAUCUGAAACAAGAUCUAGAUACUCAAGAGUAAGGGAUGGCGGAAGCCCAGUGGGGUCUCCAAUGACUCAAUACAUGUCUCCAAGCCCAACUCCACUUUCUACUGUUGCAAGCUCAAGUGAAAGAAAUAUUUCAAAUGAGAGCAAUUUGACAAGCCGGGUGGUUCGCUCCCUUUUUAAGGAAACUGACACUUCCCCUAUAGAGUCAAGCUUCUCUUCACCUAUUACCAGUUCAAGUACUCAGCCCAGUACUAACUCCUCUGGAAAUUUGGUAGCACCAAACGAGGUUCUUGUGAAUGAAUUUCUCCAUGAACAUCACCAUAGUUUUGCUGAUGGCUUUGAUGUCUCUGAUCACAUUCAAAACAGCAUCGAGGGAAAAAUCAAACAGACAAUGGAGAAGGCUUUUUGGGAUAGUGUUAUGGAAUCUGUUAAGCAGGAUCAGCCCAACUAUGACCAGAUCAUUCAACUCAUGGAAGAGGUUAGGGAUGAAAUUUGUGAGAUGGCUCCAAUAAGCUGGAAGGAUGAUAUUAUUGCAGCCAUUGAUUUAGAUAUUCUUUCUCAGGUGCUUAAAUCAGGUAAACUGGAUGUCGAUUACCUUGGAAAAAUUCUUGAGUUUUCGCUAGUCAGUUUGCAGAAGCUUUCUGCUCCAGCCAAUGAGAAGAUAAUAAAGGCCCAACACAAGGCACUACUCUGCGAGUUGAGUGAAAUAUGCCAAUCUAGAGAUGAAUCAAACAAUGCGUGUGUUGGAGCCUUGGUUAAGGGUUUGCAAUUUGUCCUAGAACAGAUUCAGAUUCUUAAGAAAGAGAUAAGCAAAGCACGGAUAAGAUUAAUGGAGCCUUUGGUUAAGGGACCUGCUGGUCUGGAGUACCUUAGGAAUGCUUUUGCAAAUAAAUAUGGAUCUCCAUCUGGUGCCAGUACCUGUCUUCCUUCAACGCUCAGAUGGAUUUCAUCUACUUUGAAUUUUAAAGACCAGGAAUGGGUAGAAUAUAAGAAUACCUCCUCAGCAUUGGCUGAUAAUUCAUCCCAAGAAGGGCUUCCUUCAACUACUCUCAGAACUGGGGGAAAUAUUAUGCUCAAAAGUACUGGAAGUCCAAUGGUCUUUUCUCCUGAUAGUUCAAAUACUAAAGGUGAUCAGCAAUCAGAAUGCAAAGGAGAACCAGUUGACCUUGUUGUGAGGCUUGGUUUACUAAAACUAGUAAGUGGAAUAUCUGGUCUAACACAAGAUGAUCUACCAGAAACUUUAUCUCUUAACUUCUCCAGGCUGAGGUCUCUCCAGGCUCAAAUUCAGAAGAUUAUUGUGAUUUCUACAAGUGUUCUUAUAUGUCGUCAGAUUAUUCUGAGUGAAAAGGCAGUAGCAAGCUCUGCAGAUAUGGAAAAUGCAGUGUCCAAGUGUGCAGAACAGCUCUUGGAGCUCUUAGACCAUGUUGAAGAUGCUGGUAUUGAUGAUAUUGUUGGAGUGAUUUGCAAUCUUCCAUCAGUUAACGGGGAAGAAGAUGCAGGGAAGGUUCAGUCAAGAAAAGCAGUUGCUGCCAGAAUGCUAGGGAAGAGUUUACAAGCUGGGGAUGCUGUGUUUGAGAGAGUGUUUAACGCCGUCUAUUCAGCUUUGCGUGGAGUUGUGCUCGGUGGAACCGGUGCUCGAGGGAAGAAAUUAGCUGAAAUGGCACUACUGAAAGUUGGGGCUGGUGCUCUGACUGAAAGGGUAGUGGAAGCUGCUCGUGUUUUGAUUGUGGCAGCAACUGUAUCAGUUGGUGUUCAUGGGCCAUGGUAUAAAUAUUUGACUGACAACAUAUGA